AUAAAAAAAAAACAAAUUCAAGCAAGUUACUCCACCCGCCUCUUACAAUCCCAAAACCGAAUCGAACCGAAACAUUUCCAUGCGCCCGCGCGCUGAUAAGGCAAGGCUAAAGGCAAUACUCUGAAAACUGAGUAGCUCGGGAAAUAAAUAUUGGGAGCGUCGCCGUAGCUCAGAACACAACAUACACAGCUCUCGAAGUGUGAACGUCGUCGAGUUUCCGCCUCAAAAAUCAAAUCAACAAAGCAAAAACAACGUCUUUCGUUUUGCCUUCGCGUCCGAUGUGCUUCUAGUGCCGGACACAGUUCUAAAUUGUAAUUGGAAAAUUCAAUAAUAAGCUUGCGAUGGAGGACAAGCGGGCUAAUGGCGACAGCUGCGUCAGCCGCAACGGCAGCUCCAAGGAGAAGGAGAUCCGCGUUUGGUGCGACGGCUGCUAUGAUAUGGUUCACUUUGGGCAUGCCAAUUCCCUACGACAAGCCAAAGCCCUUGGUGACAAAGUAAUUGUGGGCAUUCACACCGACGAGGAAAUCACCAAACACAAGGGACCGCCUGUCUUCACCGAGGAGGAGCGUGUCAAGAUGGUCAAGGGUAUCAAAUGGGUCGAUGAAGUGGUUCUCGGAGCUCCGUAUGUCACCACACUGGAGGUUCUCGAUCAAAACAACUGUGAUUUCUGUGUCCAUGGAGAUGAUAUUACUAUGACCGCGGAGGGAGUGGACACAUAUCAUUUGGUCAAGUCAGCUAACCGCUACAAGGAAGUACGACGUACUGCUGGAGUCUCGACCACCGACCUGGUAGGUCGUAUGCUGCUGCUGACCCGCAACCAUUUCCGCCAGGGAACUGCUGAAUAUGACAUUGAGAAAGAAGUGACGAUUUUAAAAAGACGAAUGAAAUCCCAUCCAGGUUCAUCGAACAUGGGUCAAGAUUCGGCAGCCAAAAGUCCAUGGACCGGAUGCAGUCAGUUCUUGCCGACCACCCAAAAGAUCAUACAGUUCAGUGAUGGAAAGUCCCCAAAUCCUGGUGAUAAGAUUGUGUAUGUGGCUGGCGCCUUUGAUCUCUUCCACGUUGGCCAUCUGGACUUUUUAGAGAAGGCUAGCAAACUGGGCGAUUACCUCAUUGUCGGCCUGCACACAGAUCCCGUGGUCAACUCGUACAAGGGCAGCAACUAUCCGAUUAUGAAUCUGCACGAGCGCGUACUCAGCGUGCUGGCUUGCAAGUUCGUAAAUGAGGUUGUGAUUGGGGCACCCUAUUGCGUCACCGAGGAGCUGCUGGAACAUUUCAAAAUCGAUGUCGUCUGCCAUGGCGGCACACCCAUUGCUCUGGAAGAUGGCAAGAUAGAUCCGUAUGCCCUGCCAAAGACGAAAGCCAUCUUCGAGCUGAUCGACUCGGGCAAUGAUAUGACCACCGAGCGUAUUGUGGAGCGCAUUAUCUCGCACCGAUUGGAGUACGAGCGUCGCAACCAGGCCAAAGAAAAGAAGGAAAUCGAGGCUUUUGAGGCCCUGCAGCGGCAGAAGCAAACCCAGAAGGCGGGCUAGCAGCUGGAAGCCAUUUCCAAAUAGUGUUUUUGUGUUUUUAAGUUGAACGUUUUAUUUUAGUUUGUUUUGUGUUUCGUGCCGUCUUAUUUGCACGCCCGCCUAAUUUUUGUUACGUUGCGUUCAGAGAGCGAUGAGCAGCUGCGGAUUCGAAUCCGGCGGCUCCCUCUUUUAUUUUCUAGUACAAUUUUUGAAUAGCUGCGGGUCGCACAGGCGCGGCUCUUAGCAAGCCUUAUAUAAUAUGAAAGUUAUUUACAUAUAUAUAUAUUGGUAAUAACCUUAAAUUAACGUAUGUUUAAAGUCUAAAUUGUAUGUAUGUGUAAGCUCAAAAUUUGUAAAUUCUACUCUGUACGUUCGAUCUAUUUAAGUGUUGAGAGAAAAAUAAGCCGUCAUUUUGAUUCAAUUAAGAACUUGCUAAAUUAUAAGAAAUAUAUGUGAGGCGAAAAAUAGCAAAGAUAAAUUGUGACAUGUUAUUCCAAACCUUGUAUGUAUUGUGUAUGUACAAAGAAAUGUAACGCAAGCUUAAUGCUCACAUCAGGAAGUAUGUAUGUUGCUGCUUUUUAUCAAAUGUAAUCUCCGAUAAUAUUUUGUCCUUAUUUAUUUAAUACCUACUAUGCAUAAGUACAAGUUCAAGUUUUAUGUUUCAAUGUUUAGCUUAGUUAAAAAAUACAUGGCCAAAAAUAUUCCACCAA